AUGGAACAUGGAAAUGGAGAUUUGGUGUAUGUGGUGGGCCGCGCCAGCACCCACAUGACUGAUUACAUGAGGAUUCAGGCACUUUACUUGCUUUACAAUAGUGAGAUUAGGAACCUUAAUCGUUUAUGGCACCCUUGGGAAAGAGAAAAGGUCGAGUAUUUCACAUUGGGUGAUCUUUGGAAUUGUUACGACGAGUGGAGUGCGUACGGUGCCGGCGUUCCCAUUGUCUUGAACAACGGCGAGACCUUAGUACAAUACUACGUUCCUUAUCUCUCCGCCAUUCAAAUCUUCACCAGCGACUCUUCGGUCAACAGCUUCAGGGAUGAAUCUGAAUCGGGUGAUUGCGAGAGGGAUUCGUUUAGUGAUUCAUUGAGUGAUGAGAGCGAGAGUGACAAGUUAUGGAGAUGGGACGGCUGCUCGUCGGAGGAAGGCGGCUCCGAGCACGACAGCCUUUGGCAUGUGAAUAAUAGAUUGGGUUACCUUUACUUUCAGUAUUUCGAGAGAUCAACUCCUUAUGGAAGAGUUCCACUCAUGGAUAAGAUUAGUGGAUUGUCGAGAAGAUAUCCUGGUUUGAUGUCAUUGAGGAGCGUAGAUCUUUCACCGGCUAGUUGGAUGGCAGUUUCCUGGUACCCGAUUUAUCACAUUCCCAUGGGAAGGACAAUAAAAGACUUGUCGACAUGCUUCCUUACAUAUCACACUCUAUCAUCUUCUUUCCAAGAUAUGGACCUGGAAGAUGACACGGAGAGUCCCGAAAGGAAGCGAAAGGAAGGGGAAGGCAUCUCUCUUCCACCGUUUGGCUUGGCAACUUACAAGAUGCAAGGAAAUGUGUGGGUCUCGGGCAAUUCCGGACGGGACCAAGAAAGACUGGUGUCACUAUUAAGCGUUGCGGAUUCAUGGCUGAAGCAACUUAGAGUCCAGCACCAUGACUUCAACUACUUCACCGGGAUUCGACGUGGCUAGUCCUUUUAAGU